AUGUCAAAGGGUCGGUCGAGUUUGCCUCCAACAAGAGCCAACUCUAGGCAAAAUCGAUCGAAUUCUUUUCCUGAAAAUGACAAUCUUCAACCACCGACAAAAACGAAUCGAGGAAGCCGAAGCUUUGAUACCAAAGCUUCAAAACCGGAACAAGACUCUUUAGAGGACGGCAAGAUUCUGGUUCUGAAAGUUAUUGGCAAGGUAAACUUGCGUAUCGAGAGAAAGGAAUACCAAGAACUUACAAGAAUACUUAAUCAAAUUCCUGGAGAUGUUCUGGUGCUCAUUUUGGAUAACUUGUCCAUCGAGAGCCUUUACGCUGAUAUUCCAAGCAGCUUAGCUUCGUUGGCAGCGCUUUAUUCAAAGAUUUUUUACGAUCGUCAGGGAAAACUUCCAGAUCACGGAUUUUCCAGCGAUGAUUUUGUCCACCGGCUCGUUCGGUAUUUCGUGGAUGUUCUCAAGUAUAACAAUCAGACGUUCGCGAGCGCACGUUCACGAGAGCAUAUUAAAACGAUCUUCAAAGUUUGCGCGCAGAUCGAUAAUUCCCUUCAUGAAAGAAUUGUUCAGAGAGUGGAGCAGCUUUCGAAAGCUUUGAAAGGAUUUUCCGAGAAUUCUUUGCUCGAGACAAUGACGCGAUCAUCGGCAACUCGUUACAUGAGAAUGCCCGAGGCUUUGAAGUCUGAAUUAGAGUGGGCGAUAAACCAUUACAAAUCCUCCCUUCAAAGAUUGGCCGAUGUCUUAUUAAGCAUGCCAGAUAAUCAUGGUGAGCUAGAUUUAUCUUCUUCUGCACACAACAAGGUAGAUAUCGAUGAAAAGACGAUUCAGUACAUGAGAAAACUGUCGAGGAAAACCAUCGAGGACAGACUGUCUUUUAAUCAAUCUCUACUGUCUGCAGUACAGGAAAGUUCAAGGGACAAACUACUGAUAAAUGGGUUAAUCGACAGCUUAGGAACACGCAUUAACCACGAUAAAGAGGUAAGAGCGCUAUUCUUUACAAUAAAAACAACAACAACAACAACAACAGAACUUGUAAUAAGUACAAUUAAGUGCUAUAAGAUGGAAUAUUCUAAUUAGUAGUUUUCGUACGUUGAAGAUUUUUUUGCGUGAGUAAUUAAGGUUGGUCCGCUCGUGCUCAUAUAACUAUGAAUACAAAUACUGUCUCAUACAAACGCUGCUCUCAUUGAACGACCAAACAAAUGUGUUAACAAACUUUGGGUAACUUAAACGUAACCUUUGUUUGCAUCCUUUCUAACAAUAUGAUGAUGUGUUCAAGGACUAGUUUCCUUGCAUAAACAUUAUUAAAAAGGAAUAUCAUGAUUUUGAUAUAGAACCUUUGAUUUGUUUGGUGACGGAUAGCAAAUAGACUGCGAGCAGGCUUCUUUUUUGUUCCAGACUGCUCUUGUUCGAAAAUCUGUGAGAGAGUGGGAUAUUUGAGUAUUCGAGCAGCAAAGCCGCAAGCAGCGCCAUUGUUUUGCAAGCGUCAGUACGCUCGUACGGACGCCCUCACCACACGCUGCACGCGAUUCUCACAUAUUCCACUCCCCCACAGAUUUUUGAGCAAAAGAGAGACUGCUCGGAGUCGAGAUAGCAAAGGGAGUGACAUUUUUAAAAGCAUUCACUACAGUUGAUAGCCUGCGUGGCAGGCGCAAAAAAAGGGCGGGACGGGGAGGGGGAGAAAAGCGCGCUAGGGAAAAGGGAAAAUUCUCUCUCCCUAAUCCUUCCUUUCUCUUCCCCCCUUUCGACGCCUGCCACGUAAGCUAUGCAGUUGAUAACCUUUUGUAAGCAUAUGACACAGGCGAUUAGAGAAGGAAACCUCCCCUUUCCCGUCAUUUAUCCCCUUCGACUUAUAACCAUACAAAUCUUGUACUACAGUUUGUGUUAGAAUUUACCUGCUUACUUUGUUAAGCAGAGAAGGCGUUUAACUUCUAUUGUUGAAUAACCCUCAGGACACAUUGUUAACCAUGGGACAACUGAUUUUGUGGUCUGGUUGUAGCAGUUAUAAAUUGAGGCAGUUCAAUGAAGUCAUGAGUCGAAUCAUGUCAUCAGGGAGGUCAUAUGCUAUGCAGUUGGAUCGCAAAACAGUCCUUAUUUUUGCGUAUUCAAGUACACGCAAACAGUCAAACAAAAGGUCUGGAACGAGGCUGAAAACGGAGAACGAGGCUGGGGAAAGACGCUAAAAAUACGUGUUUUUUCUCUCGCGUGUGAGGCUAACGCGCUUUACCCUCGAGAGGCUCUUACGUUACUAUUACGCUACUCUAAACCGAUUUUUUGUUUUAUGCAGUGCUUACUUUUGUCAACCUCAAUGUAGAAUUCGUUAUGUUUCAGGUCCUUCAGCUUUUGAGUGCACUAAGAAAAGAAUUUAACGUGUCACUUGACGAACAAGUGUUACCGCUACUCGAGAGGUUUCAUCACGGUUACCGCCUGGUAUUACAACUGUUAGAGGAGUCGCUAAAGGAUGUGGCUACACUGAAGGUACCCACUAUCACUCGCACCAUGGCUAGUGAUUCGGAGUCUGGUGACGUCAGUGAAGAUGGAUCAGAUGUGUUCGACACUGUUACGCAACUGGAUGAUGAUGAAACAGGUAAGGUGUUACCUCAGUGGCUCAAUUAAGGUUGAUUGGCUUGUUUACCAGGCUUUCAUAGCGGAUCAGGUAUUUCAUUGAAGUAUCUGACAAGUCACCCGCAACGAGUUAGCCGCGCACAACGCCGCGCACAGUAGUAGUAGUGAGGCUAAAGGAGUAGGGAGGGCCUUUAGUCUGCGUGCAAGCUCUCAGGGGUGCUUUGGCGGCGGGGCGGGAAAAGGAAGGAGAGCCUGCAACUACGAUUCUGGGAUUUGAAUACCGAAAAAGUCGAUGUGAAAUGCUCAUUGGCGGAGAUGGCAUGAGUAAUGAUGUCUUUACCCUUGGCGCGUGCUUUCACGUGUUUUUCAAUGUUUGUUUACAUUCGCGCUCGUGUCCGCUUCGCGCUGAUUAGCGGAAAUUUGACAGCUCAGUUGACGGGAAGACACAGGGGAAUUGGAGGCGAAAUUCAAAUUCCAAAGAGAGACGUAGUUGCAAGCUCUCCUUUUUUUCCCGCCCCGUCUCCAGAGCACCCCGGAGAGUUUGCUCGUAGGCUAGGAAGCCCUUAAGAUACAGUAACAACCAGCAAAUAAAAAACUUCGACUCAAGAAGUACGGUACUUCCAGGCUGAACUUCGGUCAAACUGUAAAUACUGAUCACAUAAGUUUGUUUUCGGUGUUAAUAAUAAUAAUAAUAAUAAUAAUAAUAAUAAUAAUAUUCAUAAUAUUGAUGAUCAUGAUCAUGAUCAUAUUUAUAUCAAUAGUAAACCAUAUCUAAAGAGGGAAACAACAGCCAGUUGACGUUGAUAAACUUAUAGCCCUCUACGAUACAUAAGAACCACUCUUCUUUCUACUAAAGAACCAUUUGGGCGUCUUGCAGAAAACUAUUUUUUUACUGUACUUUAACAGCCUCGUCCCUUUGGCCUUACGGUUUAAACGGCUCUUCGACAUAAUUCAAAGUUAAAAAUUAAUAAAUAAACACACCUAGAUCGGUCAAAACUCUUGACAUUUUUGAAAAAUGUAUAAAAAAUUCAAUAUUGUCGAUUUUCUUCAAUUUCUUUACAGAAUUUUCCGCGCUUAGCUCAAGUGAGACUGAACAGGCGGAAAGGGUAAAGCCAACACAACGUAAACAGUCGAGUCCAAACGUUAAUGGGAAAGAAACAAACCAACAGCAAAAAGAUAUAAAUGCCGACCUUCAAAAACAACUCCAGAAUAAACAAAAGGAGCUUGAAGAAGCACAGGAAAUGGUUCAACUCCUAAGAAAAAGAGAGAAAAAUCUGACUGACAGGUAAAAAAAGAAGCAUGUAAAUUCAUUGGAUAUUACAGUCAUGGAGGAAAGUCAGUAACAAUAGCUUUGUUUAUUCUAUUUAAGGCUACAGGACCAGGCACAGAGACAGUUGAAAAAAGGCGGGAAAUUUGAGGAUCUGUCGGCAGGCGAGUGUCGCCCGUCCGCUCUGGUAGAACGCUAUGACAACCUCUACACCCAGACGAGGCUAGAUGCUAUGGACGAGCUUGAUGAGCUGGAAUCUCUAGAUAAAGUGGACGACAGUGGAGACAUCAAAAACAAAAUAUUGAUUUCAGUUUUGGUGGUAAGUACCAUAAUCUUCAUUUGCAUUUGCAGUUGUGAUUCGUUCAAAAAAGUUGUUAUAAUCUACUUAAAAUGAGUAAAAGGCCAAUGAGAACCCCUAGAGAGUCUGCUUGAAGAAAUUUUUCAGGGAAAGAGCAAGUUUUUGUGAGGACGAGCGACUGGUUGGGCAAAUGAUUAGUGUACCGCAGCUAAGAGUCACGAACGCUUCUCGGUCGGCCAAGAGGCAUUUGAGACUUUAAAAAAAAAUCGCUACGGUGACCAUAUGACCUCUACUGCGGCCGUCGUGGAGUCCUUGGGAGAGUACGUCACCGUAGCCCACCUAGUUCCAUGCCUCGCACGGCCAAAACCGAAAAUCCCGUUCCCUGUCGUCCCCCGGUCUUUCUUUGCUCCGUAACCACGCGAAAAGGCUUGCUACGCAGGCUAUAGCCCACCAAUGUCAACUUUAAGCAAGAGGAGUAGAAAGAGUGAGUGGAGCGUUUCUCACUCACUUGCCUUCACUGUUAAUAAGUUGUAAUGACCUCCUUUAGAGAAGCAAGAGAUGUUAUUUUUCUCUCUUACGAUCAAGAACUAACAGUGACGAGCAGUGUUUGUUGCUGUGUGCUGGAUUCGUGCAAGCCUCAAAACCUGGAUUUUCCUUACGACUUGUACACAGCAUUUGACCUCGGUUGAGGAUAAGAAAUUUAAACUGAGAUAACGCAAGGAAGACGUAAUUCCUGGAAAACCAGAAGCGUCAAAUACUUUCUUGAUAAAGUAAAAAACAAUCUAUGACAGGUUUUAAAACAGGUGAUCGUAAAAAAAGGAAAUAGGAGAAAAGUCGACUUUCAUAAUCACGUAGCAGCGACUACGCCACAAUACAGGUCUUCACGUUGUUGGACUUGGCGCUCCGACUAAAAGCCAUUUUCAUGCAAGCGCACUGCGUCAUUUUUGGGCUUUUUUACCUUCGGCCGCCGUAGUAGAGGUCGCCGUGGCCCUCCUCAUUCACAGAACUAUUCCUCAAUCUCCAUGGGUAAGAGCAUGUAUCCCAUCAUACUUCGUGGGGUCUCUUUAGAAACAACGCCUUUAACUCGAACCAAUGAUGUUAAAGGUGUUUGUGUCCAUUCUGGUAGGUGGCAUACCGCACGGUACAACACUCACUGACCGAAAAGCAAACUAAGCUCAAGAAAAUCCUAGGUAUCCCGGAUGACGACAAGAUAGCAGGGCACGCGCAGGAAAUGCAAGACCGCAUUGCUGACUACUUAAGGAUAACGGGGGCACGAUUGAAAAUUGACAGUAUCAAACAGGUGAGUUGAGAACUUAAGUGAAUGCCGAAAAAGUGGAUGAUUAUUUUGGUUAACUUGUUGAGGGUGAACGCAAACAAUUAAUCCUUUCCAAAUAGCUGUGAAAGCAUCCUUAAGGAAGCAAUUGAUUAUUCAAGCUCGAUUUUAAAGUGUAGAUUGUUUUGUGGUAUUUAAAACAGUGCCGACGGAGACAACCCCAAGCAAUAAUGACGAAAAUCUUGAAGAUGAGACUCAAUCUAAACAUUUUGUUUGACUUAGAAAAGUUGUAUUUUUAUGUGGACGGAAUAAACAGUUUCGACAGCGGGACACGCGGGUUCAAUCAGCUGUUUUCUUUCCGAGAGACCACGUGACAUUGCUUUAACCCCACCAUUUCGUACAUGCGUAAAAAGGUGGCGAAUAACUUCAUAAGGAGAUUUUUAACAUUUCUUUUCUUUUUGGCCUUAAAGGAUGUAAGCAAACAGCUAUGGAGCACCUUGUACGAUUUUCCAGAAUUACAAAACUGUGUGAAGUUAAAAGAAUACAUGGAUAAAUGCGUUCGCUUGUCAUGGAUGCUGGCAGUUCAAGUUCCACCAAUGAGCAUUGAAUACGAAGCCACAGAGUUCUCAGAGAAACUUCAUGGACGGUUCAUGACGUCUGACAUGACGUCUCUCGAAAUAAAGUAUCACGUGUGGCCAGCUUUGAUCGACUCGAAAGCCGGUGUUGUGCUUUAUAGGGGAACUGUAGUGACAUGA